AUGGCGCUGUCCAGUGCAAAGAUCGAGAAAUGGGAUGCGCAAUACUUUCGGGCAGUAUUCAAAUGGGCAGGAUAUUUGCAGAGAGCCGGCAACAACGACCCGAACAGGUUGAGCUACCAGGUCGUCGAGGAGAUCGCGGCGCUGGCCCGCCAGCCCCUGAGCAGCGGCUCGAGGGCGUGCGGCAUCGUGUACACGCUUUCCCGGAAGGAGACCGAGAGCGUCGCCAGGAGCCUCACCCAGGCGGGCGUCGCGUCGCGCGCAUACCACGCCGGCCUCCCGCCGCACACGCGCAGGGCGACGUUCGAGGCGUGGAUGCGAGGGGCGUUCGAGCCUGCCUCCGAGGCGGGAGGCGGCAGUGCCUCCGACCUCGAGGCCGAGGGCCAGCAACCCUCGACUUGCCUUCUGGCCGAUGUCUGA